UACAGUAGCCUCACCCAAACAGCAGAGAGAGGGAGAGAAGGACCAGCAGCAGGCUGAUUUAUUAGGAGUCAGAAACAGACAGCUCCCAUGUGUUCACUCAGCCAUGCUCCCUGGGUAUGGAUACUCACCUUUCCUUGAUUUUCAACCUCACCUUCACUCUUUUCGCUGCCGUGGAGAGAGUCCCAGCAUGUGGAUCCCCGCCUCAGCAGAGUCCCAGGCUCUGAGCGAAGUCCAGGAGGAACGGCCACUCCUGCAACGGUGCCACCACAAGCAUGUGGCCGUGUGUCAGCAGGAGACUCUGGCUUUCAUUGAGCUGCAACCGCAGUUGACUCCCAGACUGAACGGCCUGGGCUCUCAGAGGCCGACUCUUAUCCAUGAUGCACAUUGUUUAACAAACUCCCAGCCUGAAUGUCUGAAUGGUUUCAGACAUUCACUGAAUGAACUGAACGACAUAAAGAAUGGCUUCCACAGGACUGAUACGGGACAUGAAUCAACGACGUUGAACUCUCAUACACACAAUUCUGACCUUGAAAGUCAGAGUAGGACUGAAAAACCUCUGUCUGUCUCAACACAAAGUUGUCCUUCACCCAUAGCUCUUAGUCUCCCUCUGUCAUUCCCUCUUUCCUCCUUGUACACAAACAGAGACUCGUGGGAAUCUCAGCUGCCCUUUUCUCCAUCUUCACCUGAAGGUCCUAUCUGUCAGAGCCCAAACUCCUGCCAGCCUCAGAGGAGGACCUCACAGGGUUCACUGAAGGAGAAGUCUAUCAGGAGAAAGAUGCAGGUUUACUCCUCAGACAGCCUGAGUGAUGAAUCCCUCAGCAGCCCAGUCCUGGAUGCUGACUACAUCUUCCCUGGUCCUUUUGGAUCUUUUCUGGAGGAAGACCUCAGUGCAUUAUCUUCUCUGGAGCCCAUUUCAACAUCCUCGUCCAUAGACAGUCAGAGUGAUAUUUUCAGUCUGCCCCCAGAACCACUACAGAUAUUAGAGGACUCCAUACUGAUGGGGCCUGAGGACAGUGGAAGUGUGGAGACGUCCAUUGCCACAGGGGGGAGCCUUUUGACACGCAUUCGUCAAUGUGAGCAGGAGCGGCGGCGUUUCUCAGCGUCAGAACUUAUUUCCCGACUGCAGCUUUCACAGAGGAAGAACUCGUUCACUCUGAAGCUGGGGAAGUCGCUGUCAGCACGUGUGUCCUCCAGGGACAGACAGAGCUCCAACAGUCUCAGCUGCAACCCUGACAAUAAACCCAACACCAGGCAUCGCAGCUCUGGAGGCUCCACUGACAGCGCCCCCCAGAGUCCUGUGGGACCUGCACCCUCUCUGCCCGCCAGCGAGAAUGGGAUGCCUUUGCAUAGAUGGAGUGCAAAACUGGGAAUGCGAAAGAAGUCUGUAGAAGAAGACCUGAACUCACUUCCAUCAGUGGCUAAUUCCAAUCGCUUGUCGAGGUUUUUACCAAGUUCGAUUCUCUAUCAGGAAUACAGUGAUGUUGCCAUUAACAGAGAGAUCCAGAGACAACAAGGAAAGGAGCCUGGUACGGAGGAGGAGUGUCUCAGGGACGAGGGCUUCGACGGAACACCGUCUCCGUCUAAUUUGUCCCCAUCCAGCUCCUUCCGCUCAUCUCGAGGCUCGGCUUUUGCUCUGUGGCAGGACAUCCCUGAUGUAAGAACCAGUGGACAGCUGGACAACUUCAGCAACGAGGAGAGGAAAUUACAGGAGGCGAAGUUUGAGCUGGUGACGUCUGAAGCGUCGUACAUCCGCAGCCUGACGAUCGCCGUGGACCACUUCAUGCUGUCACAGGAGCUCUCUGAGUGCCUCGGAGCUCAGGAGAAGCAGUGGCUCUUCUCCAAGCUGCCUGAAGUCAAAGAUGUCAGUGAGAGGUUUCUGCAGGACCUGGAGCACAGACUGGAGGAGGAUAUUCUCCGUUUUGAUGUGUGUGACAUUGUCUUGGAUCACUGCCCGGCUCUGAGGAGAGUCUACUUACCUUAUGUAACCAACCAGGCCUACCAGGAACAGACGUAUCAGCGUUUACUACACGACAACCCUCGUUUCCCCAGCAUCCUGGCCCGUCUGGAGGAGGACCCUAUCUGCCAGAGACUUCCUCUGACCUCCUUCCUAAUCCUCCCAUUUCAGAGGAUCACACGGCUUAAAAUGCUGGUGGAGAACAUCUUGAAGAGGACGACACCAGGCUCUCGGGAUGAGGACACGGCUACGAAGGCUUUCAAUGAGCUGAAAAAGAUAAUCAAAGAGUGUAACUCCAGUGUGCAGUCCAUGAAGAGGAUGGAGGAACUGAUUCACCUUAAUAAGAAGAUUCAUUUUGAGGGAAAGAUUUUCCCUCUGAUCUCUCAGUCCCGCUGGCUGGUGAAACACGGUGAACUCCUGGAGGUGGACACUCAGAUGAUGAGCAUGUCUGGAUCAAAGCUGAAGCUGCCCACCAAGCCUGUGUACCUCCACCUGUUCAACGACUGCCUGCUCCUCUCCAGGAGGAAGGAUCCCUGGAAGUUUAUGGUGUUUGUUCACGCCAAGAUCGGAGCGCUGAAGGUGAAGGAUCUCAGUCAGAAGCUGCAGGGCAUCUCAGGAUUCAUUUUCCAUCUGCAGCUGUGUGAGGGCCAGCAGCUAAAACACCAGAUCCUGCUCAAAUCCCACACUGAGAGCGGGAAACAGAGAUGGAUCACGGCCAUGUUUCCAUCCAAUCCUCUUGAAGACAUCGAACAGGCCAGUGAAAAUGACGAUAUAUCACAGGUUCAGUGCAUCAAAAGUUAUCAGGCUCAGGAGCACGACGAGCUGACGCUGGAGAAGGCCGACAUUCUUCAUGCUAAGACCAUAACAAGUGACGGCUGGGUCGAAGGCAUCAGACUGUCCGACGGGGAACGGGGCUGGUUCCCCAAAACCUACGUGGAGGAAAUCACCAGUCGCAGUGCGCGACUACGUAACCUGAGAGAAAAUAUCCGAAUCAAAUGUGUCACACAGAAGCUGGAGGGAGAAGACUGAUCUGUGGUGCUGCGACCGUUGACAUUUCAUAUGUCAUAUUUCACCUUGAGGAUCCUGGAUCAAUGCCUUAUUUUUCAGUUUCUUUAACUUGUAGCAGAGAAACCUGACAUUUCACACAUGGUUCUCGUGUAACAGGUUUCAAUGCAGUAAAAGCCUGACACCAGUUGGCAGCAGGACACCAUGGUGUGCCUUUAUAGAAACAGCUGUGCUGGAAGACUCAUCUGAAGUUAAUAUUUGUUCAAGAAGUGACUCUUCACUAUUAGACUGAAUCAGUUUUCUUUGAAUUUUACAGAAAAAAUGUUUUUUGUUUUUUUAAACAACAGUAGAAAAUCACCUGAAGCCGAUUCUGCAGCUGAGCUGACUCACGCACAUCAGAGGUUUUCUAGCCCUGACUUCAUAUCAGAUUCAUCUAGAAUUUUGGAUCCAGGUGUCUGAUAAAACAAACAUUUCCCAUGACUGAAGAACAACUUCCUGCUCAUCACAUGAAUGGACCUUAUGGGUAUUCUUUAUUGCCCAGACAAACAACGACACUCUGGAUUAGUUAAAGAAAAUCCACUUUCCUUUUACAGCAUUCAAAGUGUCUGACAAUAUGUUGAGGUGAGUAAAGGUCUAGAAUGUUUUCAGAGCUUCUGUUCGUUACUGUCAUAAUACUCUACAGAAAAAAACUGCUGCAGAUAUACAGUCAUCAAAUUCAUUACAAUCCACUAGAGAGAAAAAGCCCCAGCUGAUUGACUACAAAUGUCCAGAGGUGAGGGAUUGUUUUAUUGUUAUUGUUCUUCUUUCUUCUCCUCUUUUCUUCCCCCUCUCUUCUUUAUCUUUUGCCUUUCACCUGUUUUUCCUUUAUUCACCCUCCUCCUAUGUUCUACCUUUUCCCAUCCAUUUUGUUCCCUCUCUUUUUUACUUCUUCUUUUGUUCCUGACUAUUUCCACUGUUGACAUCAAUGUCAACUACUACUUCUUUUUCUUUCGGCUUUGUCCCUUUUUUUCAGGGGUUGCCACAGCAAAUCAUUGAUUUCCAUCUCUCCCUGUUCUCUGUAUCUUCUACUCUGACUCCAACUAUCUGCAUGUCCUCCCUCAC